UCUCAAUCCAAGUAAAUUCUCAGUUUCUUUUCCUCUAAAGUGAAAUCAGGAGUCCCUAUUAAAUAUCCGGUGAAAAGAUCGGCUGAGACAACAGAGCUGUGCUUUUGUCAAGUGUGUACACUACAGGCUACCCGAGUGACGGACAUAUAUUCGGAUAUCAGACCAGUUAUGGAUCCAUGUACAGCGGUUGCAGCAGCAGGAGGGGCAGUCUUGGCAGUCGCUGCAGCACCUGCUAUAUUGGCUAGUGUGGGCUUCACUGCUGGCGGGAUAGCAGCGGGAUCUAUAGCUGCCCAACUGAUGAGUACAGCUGCUGUGGAAAUAGGCUUAGGUGCUGCUGGGAUGUCCUCUGCAGCAACUGCAGUCAUGGGAGCAGUAGGGGCUGCAGUUGGUGGAGCCUUGGGUGGCUCCACAGUCUGCAGCACUGUAGCCUCAGCAACCGCAGGUGCAUCAGCAGCUGGAUCAGUGAUAGCUGCUGUGGUUAACUGCACUGUAUGAGAUGUCAUGAUAUUAUCUCAAGAUGUCAACUUAACCAAUCAUGAAAUAGAAAUAAAGAUGAAAUUGGACAAUC